AUGCGAAAGAAGCACGCAAGCCCUCAAGGCUCCAGCAGCCGCGCUGUGCAGCUUGCCUGCGCCCUCGCGGCCGCUGCAGCCUCCCAGCAGCAGCAGCAGCAGCAGCAGCAGCAGCAGCAGCAGCAGCAGCUGGCGCCGCCGGCUGCUGCUGCAGACACCCCGGCUGCCUGCAGAGGGAGAAGGGCAGCAGCGGCGUUGAGGGCUGCGGGCUUUGGGCUGAGUGGCUUCGGGCUGGGCAGCAGCAGCGCGAGGCGUGGCUGGCGGCAGCAGCAGCAGCAGCAGCAGCAGCAGCAGCAGCAGCGGGAGUCUUUGAAGGCUGGAGAGCUUGAAAAAGAGUUUUGCUGCUGCAACAAUCCGCAAGAAGGCAGCAGCAGCAGCUUCCCUGCGGGAGAAGCUGCUGUUGCUCUCGAUUGGACUCACUCGUGCGGCUUUUUCGGGGCAAUCGGCAACGGCGGCGAACUCCUGGAAAAGUUAUUGCACAGACAAAUUAAAGUCCUUUUUGAUCUUUUAAAUUCGAAAUUACUGCAAAAGAACCUUUCUAGCAGCAGCUCGCGGCUCGACAGCAGCAGCAGCGCAGCAGCAGCUCGGCGUGGCCAUCGUCAGCAGCCCAGGGGGGCCCCGGGGAAAGCCGCGCGGGCAAACUCCGCGUUUUCAAGUCCAAAACUUGUUUUUUGUUUUUAUUUUAAUUUAUUUAUUCUUUUGCAGCAGAUUAAGCCGCUCGGGGCGCCCCUGCGCGCCGGCGGAGCCCAGUGGACCGCUGCGGCGGCUCGUUGCCGAAAGCAGUGCAAGUCGAGCGCUAGACUUUCCAGUUCGCGGGAAAAACUGGAAAAUAAAUGCAAAAAGGGACUUUAA